AUGUCGUCGGAGGCUGUGGACGAGGAGAUGGCGUUCAUCGAUGCAGCACCCGCAGACGACAUCGUAAGUGCUAGCGAUGGCUCGAGCCAAAAUGCAGAGCAAGAGGUGGAAAGCUCGCAAGGCAGCGAGAACUGUGAGCGCAAUAGGGAAGAGGAGGAUGUCCAGGUGGGAGCAGCUGAGACACCGGAGCAAGGAAACGUGGAGAAGAUUGAAUCGGUAGAGGGAUGUGAUGGAGGAGACAAUGUGAUGAGUGAGAGGAAUGAAGACGACGAUGUGGCGAUGGAGGAGGAAGCCACAGAGUCGGUCGUUGUCGUUGAAAGCGAGGAGAAAUUGUCGCCUGAAGUCGUGGAUGAGAGACUGAUCGAUGCAGAAAAAGAGGAACGAGGUGGAGAAGAGACUGCAGAUGGCGAGUUGACUGCUGAAUGUCUUGUAGCAAAUGGGACGGCUAUGGAGGAUGUUAUGGAGGUGGAAGCGAUUGUUGGGACUGUGCAGGAAGCAACAAGUGAAAGUUACGAUGCUGCUUCACCUGAAGGAGCAGGUGUAAGAACUGAAGCGAGUAGCGAUAAUGAUGUUGUGGCGGAGAAGCCUACCACUGCUGAGGUUGCUGCUGUUGCUGCGGCUGUUGAAGGUGCGGUUCCAAGAAAUGAAGCGAGUAGCGACGUGACGACGGAGCCUUCUACUACUGAUGCUGCUGCUGUUGUCGCUGAUCUUGAAGGAGCGUUUCCAAGAACGGAAGUGAGUAGCGACGUGGCAGCGAAGCCUACUACCGCUGAGGUUGCUGUUGCUGCUGUUGCUGCUUGUGAAGGGCCAAAGGCCCUUGUUACGGUGAUUGGCAGCGAUACCGCAUGUUCUGAGAAUACAGAAAGUCGAGAGCUGGAUAAUGCUGAUGUUCAGGAUUCGAGUACAAUGGCCAAGACCGAACGUGAUGAUCAAUUGCAUGCAUUGACGUCGGAUCCUGUCAAUGGUGAUGAUCAAGUAGCGGAACUAGUGGAGCCGGCUGCGAAGAAGCAGAAAGUAAACGAACCAGUUGGGACGGAUAGCGAUAUAGUCACUCUCGAUGCUUCCACGGCUACUGUCAAUGGUUGCAAUGACACUUCCCCCACUGCAGCGAUUUCCCGUGAUGACAUGGCUAAGAUGGAAGAAGACAGCGGACGACUCAAGUUUGAUGUGAUCACAAACGAUGGCACGGACGAGCACAUGAUCCAGCUUACGACGCUGAAGAACAUUUUUGCAAAGCAACUUCCCAAGAUGCCAAAAGAGUACAUCGUCCGACUGGUUUUUGAUCGGAACCACCGAUCAAUGCUCAUCCUAAAGAAUGGUACUCACGUGAUUGGCGGUAUCUGCUACAGGCCGUUCGAGAAAAAUGGGUUUGCAGAGAUCGCGUUUUGUGCGAUCAAUGCCUCGGACCAAGUAAAGGGAUAUGGUACUCGGCUGAUGAACCACCUGAAGGAGUACGUAAAGACCAAGAACAUCACGCACUUUCUGACGUACGCUGACAACUAUGCCAUCGGGUACUUCAAGAAGCAAGGUUUUACAAAGAGUGUGUCCAUGGCUCGGCCUAACUGGUACGGCUACAUCAAAGACUACGACGGCGGAACUCUAAUGGAAUGCACGAUCCACACGCAGAUCAAUUAUUUGCGAAUCACGUCGAUGAUUCACAAGCAACGCAAGGCAAUCCGAGACAAGCUCGAGGAGCGUUCUUGCUCAAAGAGGGUCUACCCUGGCCUGACCCAGUUUGCGGAGGGCAGAUUAAUGGACAUUUACAUGGUUCCUGGUGUUAAGGAAGCAGGGUGGUCGCAGGCAGUGAUCCGUAACAAUCGCAUCGGAACUCGCGACCAAGGUAGUUUAAAGUCGCAGCUCUUGCAGUUGUUGAAGGCAGUAUUCAAUCAUCGGAGCGCAUGGCCUUUUCACGAGCCAGUCGACACUGCAGUUGUAGUGGACUACCUGGACCAUAUCAAGGAGCCCGUGGACCUCCAGCUGAUCAACAAACGCAUUGAUAGUGGAUCUUACAUGUCCAAGGCUGCGUUCAAGGCAGAUCUGGACAGGAUGUGCGAGAAUUGCUUGAUCUACAACACGCCCGACACGAAUUACUACAAGGCGGCAUUAGACCUUCGAGAGUUUAUCCAUUCUCGAAUCCAGAUCAGAGACCACAAGAAGCCCUAG